AUGGAUGCCCCUCAGAACCUCAGCGUCCGCAUCCUCUUCGGAAACGGCACAGCUUUCCUGGAAGGCCAGGCUCUGGUGCUGCGCUGUGCUGCAGACAGCAACCCUGYGGCCCAGCUGAGCUGGUUCCAGAGGUCCUCCACCCAGAACGUCUCCCAGGUCUCUGACACUGGGCUCCUGGACCUGUCCCGAGUAGGAGCUGCGGAAGGAGAGGCCUUUACCUGCCGAGCUCAGAACGCACUGGGCUCCCACAGUGUCUCUGUGAGGCUCCCCUACCCCCCAAGGCUGCUGGGACCCUCCUGCUCCUGGGAGGCCCAGGCUCUGCUCUGCAGCUGCUCCUCCUGCGCCUGGCCGCCCCCCUCCCUGCACUGGCGGCUGGGGGAGGGGCUGCUGGAGGGGAACAGCAGCAAUGCCUCCCUCAGGGUCACCUCCAGCUCCGCGGGGCCCUGGGCCAACAGCUCCCUGAGCCUGCACGGGGCGCUCAGCUCCGACCUCAGGCUGAGCUGUGAGGCCCAGAACGUCCAUGGCAUCCAGAGCGCCACCUUCCUGCUGCUGCCAGGAAGGCCCGGGCCAGGGGUGCUGCUCGCAGCCCUUGGAGGUGCUGGUGCAGGGGCCCUGCUCUCUCUCUGUCUCUGCCUCCUCUUCUUUUGCAUAGUGAAGUCCUGCAGAAAGCACGGGCCUGGGAAACCAGAGGUCAUGGAUGACAGGGACCCUGUCAUGGACACCGUCCCCUGGGGUCCCAGGCAGAAGUCCUGUCCCGACAGCGCUGGGGACCAAGCCUGCCCGGCUGGGGGCGCUGUCCCCCCGGGGAAGCAGGAGAUGCACUACGCCACGCUCAGCUUCCACGGGACCCCGUCGGCAAUGCCUCGGGGGCGCGAGGCCACCAGCAGCACAGAGUACUCAGAGAUCAGGACGAGCAAGUGAGGACACCCCAGAGCCCGGCCUGGCGGAGGAGAGAAGUCAGGACUGCGGAAGCAGGAAGCAYCGCCACCCAAAACUGAAAGCUCCCCCCGGUGGAGCAGAGAGAGGGCCACUGCGGGAUGGAGAGACUUGGGCUCAAACCGGCCCAGCGCCUUCUGGGGCAUUGUUAUCAAGAGAGCCACCUCACCUCUGUCCUCCUUUCCCAUCCUGUAAGUCAGAGAAACCGAGACAUGGAGGCCACAGCAGAGGUGCGCUGCAGGGCMGCUGCUUCCUGCUUCUCCCAACAGAAAGCCUCUCCAGGCAAGUUCCCCUGAGGCUGGGGGACYCGGGCAGGAGCCGGCCACCAGCUUGUGGAAGCCCCUCCAGGAGAGGCCAGCUCCUCUGCCCAGCAUCGGGUUCAUGCUGUGACCACCACUGUGCUCUCCAGGUCAUCUCUUCACCCCACCAUGUCCACCAAGGGCUCCAGCAUCUCUCUUCCUCCCCAAUCCCUUCCUCAGCCCCUUCAUGGGACCCAGAGGGCCUGUGCACAGCCUAAGAGCUGAGAAUGACUUUCUUC